GCCCCGUGCGUAGCCGGUUCCCCGAGGGUCCGCGUGAUACCGAGCGAGUGGUUUCGAGAGCGGUGUGGUGGACGGGGGUGGGAGGGGGCCGGCCGAGUCCGGAGACUUGUCCUCGGGAAUCGGCGUGCCCCGGCGGCCCCGCGGAGAUUAUUGACCCCUGGACAGCAGUACAAUUAUAUGAAAUCAUGGCUAGUUAUAAACCUGUAGCUAUUCAAACAUAUCCUGUACUUGGCGAAAAGGUCACUCAAGAUACUUUGUACUGGAACAACUAUAAGACUCCUGUGCAGAUUAAGGAAUUUGGUGCCGUGUCAAAAGUAGACUUUUCUCCCCAACCUCCUUAUAACUAUGCGGUCACAGCUUCCUCAAGAAUUCACAUUUACGGCCGAUUCUCCCAAGAACCUAUAAAAACCUUUUCCCGUUUUAAAGACACAGCAUACUGUGCCACUUUUCGACAGGAUGGCCAAUUGCUUGUAGCUGGUAGUGAAGAUGGUAGAGUUCAGCUUUUUGAUAUAAGUGGGAGAGCUCCCCUCAGGCAGUUUGAAGGCCAUACAAAAGCAGUUCACACAGUAGACUUUACAGCUGACAAAUACCAUGUGGUCUCUGGGGCUGAUGAUUAUGCAGUUAAAUUAUGGGAUAUCCCAAAUGCCAAAGAAAUUUUGACAUUCAAAGAACAUUCUGAUUAUGUGCGGUGUGGAUGUGCUAGUAAACUGAACCCAGAUCUCUUUGUAACAGGGUCGUACGAUCAUACUGUGAAGAUGUUUGACGCGCGCACAAGUAAAAACGUGCUCUGUGUCGAGCACGGGCAGCCUGUGGAGAGUGUCCUGCUUUUUCCCUCCGGAGGGCUUCUGGUAUCUUCAGGAGGUCGUUAUGUUAAAGUCUGGGACAUGUUAAAAGGAGGACAGUUGCUCGUGUCUUUGAAAAAUCAUCACAAGACUGUGACGUGUUUAUGUUUGAGCAGCUCGGGACAGAGGUUGCUCUCUGGCUCAUUGGAUAGGAAAGUCAAAGUGUACAGCACAGCAUCCUACAAAGUAGUGCACAGCUUCGACUACACAGCUUCCAUCUUAAGUCUUGCGCUUGCUCAUGAAGAUGAGACAAUUGUUGUAGGAAUGACCAAUGGGAUACUGAGUGUUAAACAUCGGAAAUCUGAAGCGAAGAAAGAUUCUCUUCCAAGGAGAAGGCGGCCUGCAUAUCGAACUUUUAUUAAAGGGAAAAAUUACAUGAAGCAACGGGAUGACAUUCUGAUCAACAGGCCAACAAAGAAGCACCUGGAAUGGUACGACAAGGACCUGAAAAACUUUCGCAUCUCGAAGGCCCUUGACAGAGUCCUUGAGCCUAACUGUGUAAUAAAGACACCUGAAGUUACAGUGUCCAUCAUAAAGGAGUUAAACCGAAGAGGAGUCCUUGCAAAUGCUCUGGCAGGUCGGGAUGAAAAGGAAAUUACUCGUGUUCUUAAUUUUUUGAUAAGGAAUCUUUCUCAGCCAAGAUUUGCCCCUGUUUUGAUCAAUGCUGCUGAAAUAAUUAUUGAUAUAUAUCUGCCUGUGAUUGGUCAGUCACCAGUAGUUGAUAAAAAGUUUAUAGUACUUCAAGGACUUAUAGAAAAAGAGAUCGAUUACCAGAGAGAACUGCUAGAAACUUUGGGGAUGAUGGACAUGCUUUUUGCCUCCAUGACAAGGAAUGAAAGCACUUGUGUGUUGGAACACACUCCUGUUGACUUUCUAGAGAGCAAGAAGAUAGAGUCAUAGUGUGUGCUUCUGGCUUGGAAUAGGUUUGACUCCAUUAACUAUUGGUGAAAAAAAUCUCAACACAUUAAGAAUGAUAAUUUACAGAAACAGUUUUAUGGAAAACUGGAAUAAUAAUGAUUUGGAAUUUAGUACCUCUUUUGAGACAUGGAUUUCCAUAUAAUAAUUUGAAUUAUUUUGUGUCAUCUUCAGCUAGAAGAUUUCAGUUGCUUUGAUCACAGUGUCUGUCUACCAUGGAUGAAUUUAUAUUGAUUUUAAUAUAGCAAAGUCCUUACUAUGGAACUUCAACUAUGAGCCUUCUGGAGAGUUCUAACUGGGAAUCCUGCCAAAAGAACACCUUGCUUUUUGUUUUGUUUUCUACUUCUAGCCUGGACAAUAACAAGGACUUGGCAGAAACAAAACUUCCUUCACUGUAUUCAGUGUUCGUGGGACAUCAGGCUUCAGCUCAGUUUGUCACCCCACUCUGGUAUUGCCACUGUCUGGGAUCCUAUGUUCACUUCAGCUGGUCAUGGACUGUCACUUUCCAAGUGUGGCACAUCAUUGCUCAGCUCCGAAGAACUGAUACUGUGACAGUAUUUAGAACAUGAUAUGGCUGAUUUGAUCCCUGCAAUCUGUGCUUUCUGCCCAAUGUGGUUAUUUCUCCAAUCUUGCCUGCCUCUCCUUAUUGAAAGUCUGUAGCGAGAUUUUUUUUUUUUCUUUUCCCCCAAGGUAGGGUCUCACUCUAGCUCAGGCUGACCUGGAAAUAGUCUCAGGGUGGCCUCGAACUCAUGGUGAUCCUCCUACCUUUGCCUCCUGAGUGCUAGGAUUAAAGGUGUGCGCUACCACACCCGACCUGUAGAGAGAUUUUUAUUGGAUGGAUCCAAUAACCAUUUUUUCCCCUCCUCUUUAAUACAUGGCCUUUCUAUCAAGUUUUCACCUUGCUUCAGGUCAGAGAAAUGAUACGGUUUGCCAUUACUCAUAAUAAAUGGCCUGUCAACCUAAUGCCCUUAGGUUUGGAGCAUCUGAGAACUGUCCUUUCACCUAUACUUAUAUUUCUCUUUCUCUUCUUCACUUUCAUUGUAUGUGACUUUCAGAAUCCCCAAUCAGAGCAGCUUGUUUUGAAAAACUGUGUGCGUCGCAUUUUUGUUUGUAAUAAAGAGAUCCUUAUUUUCUUCCCA